UUAUCGAUGUGUUCUGUAAAAUAGUUCUUUUUUCACAAACAAAUAAUAAAUAAACGUUAAAUGAAAUAUUAAUUUUUUGAAUAUGUCGGCCUUUAUUUUCUGUGUUGAUUCCAGUAGUGGACUUCCCAUAUUUUCAAGGAAAAAAGGAAAUGUAGAUAGCCUACCAUUCUCAAUCAAAGGUUCGUUGAAUGGAGUUCACAUGUAUGGAAAAUCCUUGAAUCUAGAAUUACUGAAUACUCUCACUGAAGAUUACUGUAUUAGCUGGAAAGAAUUUGAAGAUAGUGUCAUUCUUAUUGGAAUAUCCAGCGGGUGUACCAAGGAGGUACUGAACAAUCUCUUAACUUCAGUUUUCAACUCAAUGGUUCUGAUAGUUGGAAUUGAAGAAAUAAAAUCACAAAGGAUAAUUGAUAGAUUGAAGAGGGAAUUAAAAACCUGUUAUCCAUUGAUUGACCGUUUGAUGGAUUCAUUAGAUUGUGGUGGUACAAAUAACAAAUAUUACUCAGACAUUGUUGGAUUGGCAGAAUGUAUCUUAUGCCCUGAGAAUCAUUUGAUACAGAUUUUAUUAGAGUCGUAUAUGGAGUAUGUAGACUCAUUAUACAGCUGUGUGUUAAUCAAUGGGAAAAUAUGUGUAGCUACAGAGAGUUGGUGGUCACUUGAUCCUGAGGAAAUAAAACUUCUGUCCUUAUUAGCUAUGUCAGAAGGUGGAACAUCUAAAGACAUUCCAAUAUUUCUCCCUUAUAAAAGUCCAACGAUGGCUUUUAGAUUUGUUGCUUGUACAUUAAUUCCAGAUGUCCAAAUUUGUUCAUUAUGUGGUCCAACUCCAAAUUUGGUUGAAAUAGAACGUUCUGUAACACAAUGUUUCAAAUCUUCAACUGAACUAUUUACGGCAGCUCUACAUACUCAUCCGAGAAAUUUUCCUGCUUCCUGUCAAGUAGAUAGUGGAAUUUUAGGUUUACUACUUGUUAACUACUCUGCUGGAAAGUAUGUUAUAUCAAAAAAUCCCCAUCAAAAUGCAACAAAGAAAAUAGCCAGUAGUUCACAUAGGCUUGAUAUAUUAAGAACAUUUUACUAUAGAAUGGUUCUUUCAUUUCUUAUGAAUGAGGAUGAUAAGAAAAGAGUGAAUAUAGAAAAAGAAACUACCAAGAAAAAUGACAAAAAGAAAGUUCAAAAGGAGCAACCAGAUAGUUCAAAUCUUAAUGUUGGAAAAGAAACCUAUUGGUGUUCAGAAUACCACAAAUGUCAUGCAUUGAUUUCUCAAGAGAAUAUUUUAUGUGUUCUAUAUAAUUCCAGUGUUCCAACAUUUGAAAUGAGGUUUAUCACUCAAAGGACCCUAAAAGCCUUGGUUUCUGAUAAACAAAUAUGCUGGUGAAUUUGCAACUUGAUGUAAUAAAUUAUCUGCUUUUAAAAAGUAGAAGAGAAUACUCAUAGUGAAUUUUCUCAUGAAAUUUAUACAAAUGUGAACUCAAGGUGUUUACAUCUUAUCGAACUAUUUUUGUCGAAAUUUGGUAGCUGCUGAAGCCAUUAAAAACAGAAAAUAAUUACUAAUUUUUGAAUCAAAUAUUGGGAAUCUUUAAAUCAUUUUAAAAAUCUGUAGCAGUGUCACAAAUAUUCGUAAUAUCGUGAUUAUUUCCUUUUGUCGUAUAAACUAAAGCUCACCAUACACCUUCAGAUUUCUAAAUUGAAAGUCUUAACAAUGCCCAUUUGCUCUGCUUGCUUGAAAAAUAUCUCUUUUAAGGAUAAAGUCAUCUGUUUCUAAAAGUUUUCAUGGAGAAUGUGUUAAUCUAUCCCUUCAAGAUGUCAAAUUCUUUGGGGAGUCCAGUGACCAGAGAUGCCAAGUCUUCAUCAACAGUUUAAUCACAUUUGUAUUUCUCAUAAAUGUAAAUAUUGUUGAAAAAAGGAUUUUUUAUA